AUGCCCGCUCUACCGCAUUUUGUCAGCAGCGCGCCGGGAGCUGCGCUCGAGCACUUGGCGGCUGCUGCCACCCUCAUGGGCCGCGACCUUUCAGGAACAGCAUCCGAACUGGCAAAACGCAUCAACAUCCCUUACAACAGCACCAGCCCUGCGGGUCUGAUAGAGGCCAAUACCGUGGAUCCAUGGAACAACAGCGGGAAAUACGCACUGGGCAUGGUCUACUUCUGCGUCAUCUUGCUGUUCAUCUCGUCGUGCUUGCGCUCCUACCACUUUUUCACCGACAGGGUUCGCGCUGCGUUACAUCACGAAGAGGUACUGAAGUCGUCGACCACCGCAUCACCUGAUUCGGACUACGAGAUGUCAGUGCUGUAUACUGACAAAUCAACCAACAAGUUCUUCCCACGCAAUGGUGAGCUGCCUCAGCCUGCCAAAGUGCAGUCGUCAGUCUCGUCCUUCGCGCCUCUCAACAAUCUGAUCGCCUUGUUCCGUUUCCUCUUCUACCAUCCAUUGCCGCAGAUCAAUGUCAAGAAGGGUUGGAGGCCGAUUGUCUUUCCGUCUCUUGGCGUUGUCUGCGUCAUGUGUGCUGCGCUGGUCUUCACCAUCCUGUACACCUUCAUUCCUCAGCCGCUCUUCUGGGAAAGCAUACAAUAUGGGUCGCCGCCUAUGGCGAUCCGUUCCGGCAUGCUCGCUGUUUCCCUGAUGCCUUGGAUCAUUGCUCUGAGCAUGAAGGCGAACUUCGUUUCGCUCCUUACCGGCAUCGGCCACGAGCGGCUGAACGUUCUCCACCGCUGGGGAGCGUAUUUGAUGCUCAUUUUGAGCAUCAUCCACACGGUCCCGUUCUAUGUAACGCCGGUCUGGGAAGAUGGAGCACUUCCGCUAUACCAGGCUCUGGUGAAGGGCCCGCAUUUCUAUACCUACGGCACAGGACUCGCCGCGCUUGUACCUCUUGCCUUUCUGUGCAUUCAUUCCCUCCCUCAACUGAGGGGCUGGAUGUACGAGCUGUUCGUUGUUGUUCACGUUCCGGUGUCUAUGGUCUUUCUUGGCAUGCUGUUCUGGCACUGCAACAAUUACCUCAACUCUUGGCAUUUUCUGUUUUCCACUCUCGCCAUCUGGGUAUCUUCCUACAUAUACCGACUCUUCUACCUGAAUUGGACCAACCCGAAAAGGAUGUCCUGGUUGAUUGGAGAGGAAGCCGCUGUCACGAUCAUGCCGGAAAACGCCAUCAAAGUAACCAUUCCCACGCAAAAGAGGUGGAGGCCAGGCCAAUACGUUUACUUGCGCAUGCCUGGCAUUGCAGUGUUUGAGAACCACCCUUUCACCAUUGCUUCUCUCUGCAGCAAGGACUUCCCUUCCAGCUAUGGCGAAGACUACAGAGAUAUGGUUUUGGUCUUCCGGCCGUUUGGAGGAUUCACACACAAGGUUCUGUUGAGUGCCAUCGAGAGGGGACCCUGGCACACGUACCGUGCUUUUAUCGACGGACCCUACGGUGGGAUGCAACGCCGUCUGGAUUCGUUCGAUCACGUCGUUCUGGUUGCUGGUGGCAGUGGUAUAACUGCGAUUGUGAGCCAGCUACUGGAUCUUAUCAAGAGGAUGAGAGAUGGAAAGGCGGUUACGAAGAGUGUGCAGGUUGUGUGGGCAUUGAAGCGGCCGGAGACGAUGGAAUGGUUCAAAGAGGAGCUCAGGAUUUGCAGGGAAUUCGCACCGCCGGACUCGGUGCAAUGCCAGUUUUUCAUCACGGCGGCCAAACGACUCGCCCGGUCGGGACAACUUGUCAGCGCGCAAACGCCAACACGACCAAUGAGCAUGUUCUUCCACGACAAAGUCAACGACGCCUUCCAAGACAUUGCUGACAAGCGGUUCUCAGGUGUGUCAGCUUUCAAGAGACAUUCGGCGUUAAUAGCAGACGAGGCGCAAGGCAACCCGGACCGCGAAAAGGAGCUCCGUUCGGAAAACGAAGAUGCCAUUACUGCACUGCCGCAAGCGCACAUGGUUCCUGUCGGCCGUGGACUCGGAGUCGUAACCCCUGACGGUCAACUUUCCCCUCCCACGUCUCCACGUUUAGCCAACAGACCGGAACCAGCUGAACGGAAGACGCUCGCAGAAAAACGCCGGUCCCGCAAUCUCUCCUUGGACAUUGCUACAGCGGUUGCAAACAACCCGGCCUUGGACGCGGAGGCUGCGCAACCGGCAACACAACAGGCAUUCGAUUUCGGCUUCCCAUCGACGCCGACCGAGUUCCAGAAGAAUCUAAUGCGUUUCGCGUUCCUUCCGGCAGCGGUAAAGAAGAAGGACGGGUGGAGCACCGAGUACGGUCGGCCGCAGAUUCCGUACAUGCUGCGUCAGUUCAGCAAGGACUUCGGACGCCGGACUUGUGUAUUUGUGUGCGGACCACCCAGCAUGCGCAUCGAUGUCAGCCACACGGUGGCACAGCUGCAGAAGGAGGUGUGGAGCGAUCCGGACAAGGACGAGAUUUACUUGCAUGCCGAGAAUUACGCCAUCUGA